CGUGAAACAGUAUCCCUCCAGUUGUUGUGGUGGUCGGACGCGUCGGUGCAGAUAAUCUGCUCUUGUGAUCGUACGCGAACAUUAUAUAACGUUGUGUUUGUUUUGUGAACUCGAACUCAUGUAGUGAAUCGGAAAAGGUCGUACCCGAAUUGAAAUGGACAAUUACAAAAGCAUAAGGACGAUAAGUGACGCGUAAUGUGAUGACAGUAUGAAUAGGUGGUUGGCGAUGGUCGCUCUGCUGGUGGCGGUGGGGGCGGUGCGGGGGUACAACUGUGUAUGCAAUCCGCGCGAGUGCGAGGUGCUGGGGCCGAGCGGGUGCCCCGGCUUGGGGAUGGUUGUGUGGGACCCCUGCAGAUGCUGUCAAGUGUGUGCAAGGACUGUUGGUGAGCAUUGUGGUGGUUUCCAAGGCACAUGUGAACCUGGACUGAGAUGUAAAAAUGGUUUAUGUGCUCCUAUAAAAAAGGGGAAAAAAGGUGAAAUAGAAGACGAUGACGACGAAGAUGUAUAGCCGUGUGAUAUACGUGUACAGAAAUGAUAAGACAUAUCUUUAAAUGUUGUAAACGAAGGACCAGUAAUGGCUCAUCUACAUUGCUCGCUUACUUCAGACAGCUUGUGUUAUAAGCAGUACUUACAUGCAUUUGUAUUGUAAAAA